AUGGCUACCGUUGAAGACGAAGAAAAUCCCCUCAUCCAGGCCCUUCCCCCUGCGACCGACUAUCUGACCUACCUCACCCUUCUGGAGUACCAAUUGACCCCCGCCCGCCUACCCACCCUUCACAAGCUCCUGCAAGAUGAGACCCUGACGACCAACAUCGGCUGGGACCUGGUCCAGCUCCUCCUCCCCAUGCUGCCGCAAUCUCAGGAAUGUCUCCAGGACAUCGCUCGGCUGGGAAACCCUCGGGAGGUGAUUCUACGCGUGUCUGAGGCGCUCCUGCAACUGCAGCCGGAGGAGGAGAGCGAGAGCGAGCAGGAUGGUGACACGCCGGGAUCCACCGCGGGGAUAGAAUCCAAAAUGAACAAGGUCACAGUAGACGGGACCGACCGCCUUCCGAAGCAUAUCCUGCAGUUCAAUUCUCUCGUAUCGAUGCUCGCGGUGCUGCAGUCGCGUAUCCAGACCAAGUCCCCCAGUCGCUUCCUCGCCACCUCGCUGCAGGCCGCACUGGAGGCCUACACUUUAAUGCCCACCAAUGAGACCACGAUUGCGCUGCUAGAAAUGUUUAGAGAUGUAUCGCCUUCCAAGAGACCUGCACCACCCCCGCGAGCACCGAGCGACUCCAGUGCGUUACGGGUGUCGGAGCCGUCCGCGCCAGACCCGGAGGCCGAGGUCCAAUCGCCUAGCCCCAAUACUCACAACGAGAAGAUGCUCGUCAAGAAGUUCCUUCAGUUCGGUCUAGUCGAACUUCUCAAGUCAUAUCUGCUGAGCUUUUCAAGUCCGUCAGACCCCGGCAUGUCCUGGACCGUCAGAUUGCAAGAAAAGCUUCGCCCUGAGACGUGCCUUCCCGGCCGACCGUCACAGAUCGAUGUGUACGCCAACAACAAGCAACUCAAAGAGAGGGAUAUGAUCAUGGCGAAGAUCGUGGCAUUAUCCCGCGAUUUUGGCCUUGAUGAGGGACAGCUGCUCGGCAUUAUCUACCAGGCGCCGGAGGAUCUGCCGCCUCCGCUAGACUUCGAGGAUCCGCCCCGACAGGUGGACGAAAUUCCACUUGAACGGCACGGAUCGCUACUCUUGCUGGCAGCCCGAUCGGCGGUUGCCGAGUUGUUCUCGACGGGACAGGUCGUCCCUCUCCCCGUCUUCCCGGAUCUGGCGCGCGUGUUCCAAAAUUUCGUCGGCGGAUACAACACCCCGGAUGAAGUCGCCUUCGGCCAGCCGCAGGUUCUGCUCGAUUCUCUCCUUACCUUGACCGUGUCCUCCAUGCGACAUGCCAUCGGACAGCCAUCCACCACCAAGGAGUUCAGGGAGUUCAUUCUCGCCUUGACAGCAUGCACCACGCGGCAAAACUACGGCACCGUUCGACGAAUCCCGGGUGAUAUCGUGCACAGUCACCCAUCUCAUCUUGACCGGUUCAAGAUCAUCCGAUGCAUCCUAGAAGAGCACCAUUUCCUAGCUGUCAAGGACGACGCGAUUGGAUGGCUGAAGCAGGAGAUUCUCACGGCCGCCAGCCAAUCCGAGCCCAACCUUUUCCUGAACCCGCACUACUUCUCCGUCCUGUUCCCGUUGCUGUUCGAAUCGUCCAGCCUUCUGCUCAACGUCUCCUCUGACAUCGUGGCCUCCUGGAUCAAAUUCUCCCAGACCUUGACCCCCGCCAUCCACGCCGCCGUCAACCUCUACUACGUCCUGGUCUCCUCGCCCCAGCUGCGCUCACAGCUUCAACUCGAGAAAUCCUACAUCUACUUCCGCGACCAAUUCGUCGACCCGCUGCGGUCCCUUAUCCGGGCGUUCGAAAGCGACCUUCCCAAGAACGGCGGCGACGGUCGCAUCCAGAAAUCCGUCGGCGAGGACGUGUGUCAGCUCGGCAUGGCCCGGUCGGUGGCCGUGGUCUCUCACGCCCUGAGCAAGGUGGAGGACGUGGUCAGCGAGGUGUUUGUCGGUGCCGAUGCCGAGUUCCAGGAACCUUCGACGGAGGAUAUCGCGCGGGUGGAUCGCAUUCGCAAGGAGACGGAGCCUUGA